CAGAAAAAAUAAUUUAGAACGGAAGUAUUCGCCGAGUGCGGCCAUCGAUUGGUAUUAUCAAUACCAAACCUUAUACCUACGUCUGAUGGCCGAGAAUCAAAUGGCCGAAAGUGUUAGCUGUACUGGAAACGCCUUACCUGAUAAGGAACAACAAACUACGAGUAGAAAACAUCCGAAGGAUUGCUCUAACAAUUUGGAAAAAGUUGUACAAGAGUCAUCCGUUAACCUGGAUAAUAAUACUAAUCUUCAAGGAAAUUGCGGAAAUGUUAAUGUACGCAGUGGUGACUCAAGUGGUUACUCAUGUUUACGUUGCGGAAACGCAUAUACAAGGCCACACUCAUUGAACCGUCAUAUUAGAUUCGAAUGUGGUGUCGAGCCACAAUUCGAAUGUCCAAUUUGUCACAAAAAGUCGAAACACAAGCACAAUCUUUUGUUACACAUGCGAACCCAUCAGAAACCAUGAGUACGAGUUACGAUUCGUGCUUGAUUCUUCUUUUUUCGAUCUUUCUUUUCUCUUUUUCUUUUCUCUUCUUCUUUUUUUUUUUUCAUUUCUUUUUGUCAUCUUUUUUUGAUCAUCAUUUAUAUAUAUAUAUAUAUAUAUAUAUAUAUAUAUAUAUAUCGAAAAAUUGUUUUUCUUUCUUUAUGAUACAUCAUUAUAAUAUGUCAAACAGUCGAAUAGGAUUUGUCUCAUGGAAUCCUUGAAAAUGAACUUGAAAAUUAUUCCUUAUCAGUUAACAAGGUCUUCCAAAGAGUUAGACAUGUAAGUUUCUUUGUUAUCCCUUCUAUUCUUCGUUAUAAUUAUACAUUGCAAGAUAAUAUUUUUAUUAUAUAGGAUAGUUACUCUGCGA